CAGCAGCAGCUGAUCCUCUCUGAUGGUCUGAUGAAGCUAAACAUCAACACUCUGCUGUUCAUUGAUUGAUUAAUAGGUCAUUUAGCGGUGGUACGGAGGGGAUGAUCGGCUCUAACAGAGUCGGAGUCUGUGCGGAGGAUCUUGUUGCUGAAAACGUUAAAAACAACAGAGAAGAUGGAGGAAGGAGGAACGGCGGUGUGGCGGAGGUCUUCGGGCUGGUGUUGACCCUGCUGUCCGUGGUCUUCAUCCUCUUCACCUUCCCCUUCACAGCCUGGAUAUGUGCUAAGGUCAUCCAGGAGUAUGAGAGGGCCGUUAUCUUCAGACUGGGCCGUGUUGUUAAAGGACGAGCCAAAGGACCCGGUCUGUUCUGGUUCAUCCCCUGGCUGGACGUCAUCCAGACAGUAGACCUGCGCACUGUCUCCUUUAACAUCCAUCCACAAGAGGUUCUGACUGCGGACGGGGUGACGUUGACGGUGGAUGCUGUCGUGUUUUACCGGGUGGUGGACCCCUCCCUCUGGGUGACCAGGGUUAAGAAUGGCUACCUGGCCACACACACACUGGCCCAGACGACCCUGAGAGCCACGCUGGGCACACGCACUCUGACAGACGUACUGACGCAGACGACGGGCAUCACAAAGAGAAUGGAAGAGGUGCUGUACGCUGCGUCCAGACCGUGGGGCGUUCAGGUGGAGCGGGUGGAGCUAAAAGACCUGACGCUCCCCGUCAGUCUGCAGCGCUGCAUGUCUUCAGAGGCCGAGGCUGCCAGGACGGCCAGGGCCAAAAUGAUUCUGGCCGAAGGAGAGUUGGCGGCGUCUGGAGCUUUAAAGGAGGCGGCGUCAGGACUUCCCCCCGUGGCUUUCCACCUCAGAUACCUGCAGUCGUUGUCCUCCGUCCAGAGCGACGUGUCCAUCGUGGUCUUCGCCUUCCCCGCGGAGCUCCUCGACAUGUUCAUCUCCCAUCAGCCUUAGCUCUCCAACACACCACCCGAGUGUUUCUGCAGGGAGAUAAAAAGUUAGACUGAGCCGUAUAAUACAGAUGAUACAUUAUUUGUAAAUAUAUACUGUAAUUGGAUAUUUACUCUGUUAAUAAAAUAUUUUUAUUUUUACAUCCUUA